UGUCAUUGUUGUGAGUUGAGUGCUGUCAUUGUCAUUAUUGUGAGUUGAGUGCUGUCAUUGUUGUGGAAUGGGUGCUGUCAUUAUUGUACAAUGGGUGCGGUCAUUAUUUUGGGAUGCCACAGAUAGCUGCGUCGAUUGGUCGUACUGCUUGACUGCAAGCUGUGGUUGUUACGGGGCGGGGGUGGUGAAAGUCCAGAGAUCGCUCAUGGGUCCACAAUGUGAGCAGCAUCAGGAGUGCACUGGAUAUGCUCUAAGCCACGCUGUGUCUGCAUCGUGUCGGUAUUUGGCGGGUGGGGAUGUACAGAAUUGUCUCGUUGGAGAGCUGAACCUGCCUCAUCACUCAACUUGUGCUGCAAACCACGCUACUUCAUAUCCUCAAGCACACUAUCGCCAACAAAUCUUCGCACACAAUGUCUAGGCUGCCAUCGUACCGCCCCCUCAACAUCAAAGAGCAGUACCGCAAGACGGCGAUCAAGUUGCUCCCCUGCAACACGCCCUCGACGAUCCACGAUCUAGAGUAUGGCCAUCGCGUCCAGCUAGUGGAUGCACGCAACACGUGUGGCAGCAACUGCAUGCACAACUCGCACGGCGGCCGGGCUUUUGUCGGCGCACAGCGCCAGUUCCGCCAGGAGCCUGAUACUAUCACGUGCCCCGUGUGCACGUUCAAGGACGUUGCUGACGAGACAGGCAUCAACGUAGAAAACAUCAAUCAUGCCAAGCUACUCUUCUCACCUCAUGCAACGGGUGGGCUCCAGCUGCUGUCGGCCGCCGAGUGGCGGUACAACAAGUGCAUUGAGUGGAUGCUGGCGCAGGGCUGUCGGCGGACCGAGCCUGUGGCGGAGACUGACAACGUGGCCGAGCUGGUGCGCCAGAAUCCUCACGUCGAGGUUGGCACUGACGACAUUCCAGAUAUGCAGGCCAUGAUGGACGGGGUGGUGGUGUCGACAGAGGAGAAGACGGUCGAUGUCGCUGAUUCUGGCGAUGGUCUGGGCCUCAUUUGGAUCGAGGACAACUGUAGGCGUGCUGGUGAAGGAGCUAGUAGUAGACAAUAACGUGACCAGAAUUGUGUGUGUGUUGACGUAUGGAAGUGGGAUUGUCCAUGCGAGGUUGAUAUGCUGCUCUGUGGACAUUUGACAGGAGUGACAGUGGAUGUGUUUCCGCGCAUCUGGCUCAACGGCCC